GAAAGCAAACAAGCCCGAGUCAGCGCUGCCCUAGGGGCCCUCCGCCUCUGGGGGGCGGGGUGUGUGUGUCACAGAUGGGCCCCGGAGUAGAGUAGGGCAGAAGAAACUGGGCCAAGCUGCACUUUUACCUCGAGGGGCCUCGAGGGGCCUCGAGGGCUCUCCGUGUCUCUGGAGACAAGGGCACUACACGCACUUCAGGAUGAAGAGUUGUAAGACGCAGAUCCGGCGCGGGCGGGAGGGAAGGGCUUAGGAGUAGGGUCCGCCUGGGCUACCUUCAGCCCUCAUCAGACGGACGACGAAAUGCGAAGGACUGCCUUUCCCCAGUCUGUUCUCCCAGCGCCUCCCUGGGGAAAGAGAACUCCGUGUUCCGUUGCGGAGCCGGACGCCUGAAUUGGGAAGUAGGGCGAAUCAAGGCCGGGAAAUGGGACCUUGGGUCGCUGCUGCCGCAGGGACUGAAGAGGCAGUCUCUCAAUUCCCAGGACAUGUUUGCUGCUUCUGCCUCUCCCCGCCGGUCUAAAUGGAUCGCUCCACCUAUUUCCUCCCCCGCUCUUUGGGCGGAAUGGAUUGUUCCAUUGCCCCUCCAGUCUCCGGCCUGCGUUGCGGGGGACACAGGCAUGGCCCUCAUCGCCCCCUUCUCAGGCGGGAGCAUGCUGGGGCUCCCGGGGCUGCGGCUCCCCCCGGCGGGGUUCCUGCUCCUGUUGCCAUUCCUGCUGCUGCUGCUGCUGCCCGCAGCCCCCGCGCCCCAUCGGGCUUCCUACAAGCCGGUCAUCGUGGUGCAUGGGCUCUUUGACAGCUCGUACAGCUUCCGCCACCUGCUGGAAUACAUCAACGAGACACACCCUGGGACUGUGGUGACAGUGCUCGAUCUCUUCGAUGGGAGAGAGAGUUUGCGGCCCCUGUGGGAACAGGUGCAAGGGUUCCGAGAGGCUGUGGCCCCCAUCAUGGCAAAGGCCCCUCAAGGGGUGCAUCUCAUCUGCUACUCGCAGGGGGGCCUGGUAUGCCGGGCACUGCUCUCUGUGAUGGAUGAACACAAUGUGGAUUCUUUCAUCUCUCUCUCCUCUCCACAGAUGGGACAGUAUGGAGACACGGACUAUUUGAAGUGGCUGUUCCCCACCUCCAUGAGGUCUAACCUCUACCGCAUCUGCUAUAGCCCCUGGGGCCAGGAAUUCUCCAUCUGCAACUACUGGCAUGACCCCCACCAUGAUGACUUGUACCUCAAUGCCAGCAGCUUCCUGGCCCUGAUCAAUGGGGAAAGAGACCAUCCCAAUGCCACUGCUUGGCGGAAGAACUUUCUUCGUGUGGGCCGCCUGGUGCUGAUUGGGGGCCCUGAUGAUGGUGUCAUUACCCCCUGGCAGUCCAGCUUCUUUGGUUUCUAUGAUGCAAAUGAGACGGUCUUGGAGAUGGAGGAGCAACUGGUUUAUCUGCGGGAUUCUUUUGGGUUGAAGACUCUCCUGGCUCGGGGGGCCAUAGUGAGGUGUCCAAUGGCUGGGAUCUCCCACACGGCCUGGCACUCCAACCGUACCCUUUAUGAGACCUGCAUUGAACCUUGGCUCUCCUGAGGGAUCCCUCAGGAACCCCCCAGCCCAGAGACCAAGUGGUAGCCUUGGAUGUCAGGCCCUGGUGUGCCCGUGACCACCUCAUUGCUCCCCCACUGCCCCCACCAACCAGGGCUCCCAGGGCCCCUUCCUCCGCUCCUCUGUGAACGACAAAUCCUGGUUUCCGCCAUCUUGUGUCCUCUCGUCUGGGGCUUGCUCCGAGCUCUCCCAUCCUCUUAAGGCCAAGCGUGGCGAGUGAGAAAGCGGGUUAACUCGUGGCUGCUCCUACUGCUGCUCUGCGUCUCUGGCUGGAGAUGGAGGACCCAGCCCCUGCCCACCACAGGGGUCUCCUUCCAGGCCACUCAGGACAUUUUUAGCUUCUGUUUUCCCCAUGUUCGCUGUUCGUCUGAACUCCCCUGUUGUGAGCCCUCCCAACCCCCAGGAAGGACCACCCAUGAGAGUGGGGUUCCGAGGCUCCCCUAUGGGGACAUUUCCGUUCUUGAAGUGUCAGUGUUGGGGAAUAUCUGUGGCCUGUGAGGCCCAUCUCAGGUUUGGGGAUCCCCCAGUCCCUAUGUUCAGUAUUGGGGUGCCCUUGGGGAGCCCAGUUUCCUUGAGGCUCCAGCCCCUCUUUUAGCUACCCUUGAAUGGGUGUUACCCUGUAUUUAUGGAAAUAAAGUUCCAUUUACUCA